AUGUCUGUCGUCGAUGCCAUUGGCGUCAUCUCUGGUAUCCUGACCAUUGUCUCAUUUGGAAUGGAUAAUUUCGGCGAGGGUGAGACCUCUGGUUCGACCAUCAAGGUUGCCGUUGCUCUUGAUGGCCCGAACGGGCCAACAAAUGCUGGUGGUGACCUCCCCGAUGUACGAGUGUGGAAUGAGGUCGGCGGCUUUGUUGGUAUGAAAGCCGACCCCGGUUCCGUGGAUAACGGAAACCUGGGCGAAGUCAAAAUCAACCACGAGAACCAGGGUGUAUACUCCUUGUUCUCAGCCAAUGACGAUGCCAUCUGUGUGGCUUGGGUGACCACCACGUGGAGCGACGACCGCGGCGGAAACAAGUAUGCCGUGUCGGGCGACUACGGCGAGGCAUGUGGUGGUUCGUGGUUUGAGAGUCACAUGUAUCCCAACAGCAACGAAGAUUACCAGCCCAAGUGCUUCUGGAUUGACAAAAACGGUGAUCAGCCCAAGACCGGAUUUCAGGUCCGCUGGCCUGCCUUCUCAAAGGACGAGCAAGACGAGCAUGACACAAACCCCCAAAGAAUGUGCAACGAUAUCAACUUUGGAUUGCGCGAGGAGGAUGACCCCAGUACCAUCAAUUACUACAUAAAGAAGAAGCGCAGCAGCCCUAUGCGGGCUCGUCAGGCCUCGACUCGGCCUGCAUGGGCUGAAUCUGAGCUGGUCAUCAGUGACUCCAAGUCUCACUCAGCUAAGAGACUGUGUGAGUCCGAUACAUCCAUGGGACCUGAUUUCGCUCAUACUGGAGAGGCUGCCUUCUGUGACAUGGGUUCCAAGGUCCUCUACGCAUUCUGCACCGAGGAUGGCCAGACGGACUGCUUUGACUUUGAUUCCCAAACUGUUUCCGCCAGUACAAUCACACGUGAUGCUACUGAGGAUGUGGGUGGCUACUCAAGUGUUCGUGAUUGGCGCUCGGCCAGCAAAGCAUAG